UUCGCAAAACACAUUUCAGAUUGCAAUUGUAAGUUAUAUUUAUUUCGUACUGAAUUUAACUAAAACAGCUCAUAUAUUUGUAUCGUUUAGUGUUAGAUGAUUGAGUAAAUCAACGAUCACUGAUUUGGUCAAACAAGAUGUUCAUAAAACUACUCACACUUCUGUUACUGGCGUUUCGUCUAGUCCAGUCUGCACUGCCAUAUGUAAAGUACAUCGCCUGUGAGAAACAGCAAUGGCCUGACAAUCAGGACGCUACGAAGUGGACAUGUGGAAAAGACCAACACAUAGGCUUUCCUGAUAAUGAAAAACAAAAUAACUACAAGAUUGCUGAUUUUUUCAUUGAGCUUGAAGGAAUGGAGGGAACGGACAAUGCUGUAUUGUGCACAGCAUCUGUUGAAGGAGCAACUAUUGAAGCUGUUUGGAUGAAUAAGUCUGGAAAAUAUCUUACAAACAGCUUCGUUUUCGGUUACGACGAAAAGAUCAAAGAUAAAAUCAGAUUUGGAAUCAGGGGAAGAAGAACAGGAUGUGAUAAGUUACACGCAAGGGUGCAGCUGUAUGGAUUUAACCAACCUAAGAGUGUGAAAAUAUCAUGUGGAGCUGGACCUAGAGGAGAUAUUUGCCCUGGAGAUAAUCUUAAACUUUCUCCAAGACUCGAAAAAGAUGUGGCCUAGAGUAGUAGAAAACAUAAUAUAAAAUUAAACUAUAAUCCAAAUAUUUUAUUUCGUCUUUGAUCCCCCAAAAUUCUUUUAAUGGA